AGGGGACGCUCGGGCCGCGGCGAAGGCGCGGGACGCGGGCGAGGGUUCUCGUGGCUUCCUCCGGGCGUUCGGGACCGUGGAGCCCUUGCGAGGCGCGAGCGAGCCUGGGGCCGGCAACGAGCGCAGAGCGGGCCACGGGUGGGGAGCAGCGGGGCGGCCGGGCGGAGCGGGCUCCGAGCCCCGGGCUCCGCGGCUCGGGACACGGCUCCGGCGGCGGCGGCGGCGGCGGCGGCGGGGGCGGCGAUGUUCCACUGCAUUCCCCUGUGGCGGUGCAACCGUCAUGUGGAGGCCAUCGACAAGCGCCACUGCUCGCUGGUCUACGUCCCCGAGGAGAUUUACCGCUAUGCCCGCAGCCUGGAGGAGCUGCUGCUGGACGCCAACCAGCUCCGGGAGCUCCCCGAGCAAUUUUUCCAGCUAGUCAAAUUACGAAAGCUUGGACUCAGUGACAAUGAAAUUCAGCGGCUCCCCCCGGAAAUAGCAAACUUCAUGCAGCUAGUAGAGCUGGAUGUGUCUCGAAAUGAUAUUCCCGAAAUUCCAGAAAGCAUCUCCUUCUGUAAAGCGCUGCAGGUAGCUGACUUCAGUGGAAACCCCCUCACCAGGUUGCCAGAGAGCUUUCCUGAACUACAGAACUUAACAUGUCUUUCUGUAAAUGACAUCUCACUGCAGUCUCUGCCAGAAAAUAUUGGCAAUCUUUAUAACCUGGCUUCACUGGAACUGAGAGAGAAUCUUCUUACGUACCUUCCUGACUCUCUUGCCCAACUGAGGAGACUCGAAGAACUCGAUUUAGGAAACAAUGAAAUCUAUAAUUUGCCAGAAUCAAUUGGGGCGCUCCUACAUCUGAAGGAUCUCUGGUUGGAUGGAAAUCAACUGUCUGAAUUACCUCAGGAAAUAGGCAAUCUGAAGAGCCUGCUCUGCUUAGAUGUCUCUGAAAACAAGUUGGAAAGACUUCCUGAUGAAAUCAGUGGCCUGACUUCUUUAACAGACUUAGUCAUUUCCCAGAACUUACUGGAAACAAUUCCUGAUGGCAUUGGAAAACUAAAGAAACUGUCAAUCUUGAAGCUGGAUCAGAACAGACUCACACAGUUGCCUGAAGCCGUUGGGGAUUGUGAAAAUCUCACGGAAUUAGUUCUUACAGAAAACUGUCUCCUGACUUUACCUAAGAGCAUUGGAAAACUUAAGAAGUUGAACAACUUGAAUGCAGACAGAAAUAAACUGGUGUCUUUACCAAAAGAGAUUGGCGGCUGCUGCAACCUCACCGUGUUCUGCGUCCGGGACAACAGACUGACUCGAAUACCUGCGGAGGUGUCGCAGGCCAUGGAACUCCAUGUCCUAGAUGUGGCAGGGAACAGGUUGCGUCAUCUGCCCUUAUCUCUGACGGCUCUGAAGUUGAAAGCCCUGUGGUUAUCCGACAACCAGUCCCAGCCUCUGCUCACGUUCCAGACGGACACAGACCGCACCACAGGGGAGAAGAUCUUAACUUGUGUCUUACUUCCUCAGCUGCCUUCCGAGCCUAUCUCCCAAGAGAGCCUGCCUCGCUGUGGUGCCCUGGAAAGCCUGGUGAAUGACGUCUCUGAGGAUGCCUGGAAUGACCGCACGGUACACAGGGUCAGUGCAAUCCGGUUCUUGGAAGACGAAAAGGAUGAAGACGAAAGCGAAACGAGAACACUUCAGAGGCGGGCCACUCCACACCCGGGGGAGCUGAAGCACAUGAAAAAGACGGUGGAGAAUUUGCGGAACGACAUGAAUGCCGCCAAAGGACUGGAUUCCAACAAAAACGAGGUCAACCACGCCGCCACCGCCGCCGACCGAGUGACCACGUCGGUGUAGCUCUCACCCGCGUUUGGCCUGCUGUGUCUUCCCUGCUGUCAAAAGAGAUGUUCCCGUGCGUGCGACUGAGGAGCCUCCUGCAGCCUGUGUUCACCACCCCGUGCCAGGAUGCUGCUCUCGCACAAAGUGCCUUAAGCAUCCCUCAGUCACUCCGCGUGCCAGUAGCCUCCCAUCCUGAUUGUUUCUCAGUUUCAGUUGUUCCUAAUAAGUAGAAUACACUACUGUCAACAUCUGACCUUCGUUUUUGUCUUAUAUUGGGGUUAGAGAGAGCAGGAAGGGGAAUUACGGCCCUCUCCCCUCUAUUGAGUGCUGGACAUUUUGAACCUAAGUUCUUAUGGACCUACUGAUGAGAGGAAGCUUUAUGUAUGGAAAAAAAAAAGAUACUUUUUUAAACCUUUCUUGGCAGCUCAGAUGGUGUAAAUUUUAAAAUUUUGUAUAGGUAUUUCGUAAACAAAAAUUAUGUAUUUCUUUGUUAUUUUAUCUUGAAGACGGUACAUAUUUUCGUAUUUGUGCAGAGAAACAAAUUAGGCCUAAAGUAUUCGUUUUUAUCUGUACCAUCCACUCCGUGCCUUACUGUAUCAUCCUGUCCUGUCACACCAGUUAUAACAGUGGCAUCCUUGAGCAGCAAGAUGGGAAUAAGAGUGUGGUCAUUUUAAAGCAGUGUUGCAUUUUAAGCAGUAAUGUACCAGAUGGAUCUGCCUGUUAACCAAAAAGAUGAAUUUAUCAGUGAUUUGUAAGUUUCAUCUGGUGACUUCUUCAAAAAGAUGAGCCAAAGGAUUCGACUGCUGCUGUGUCAUUUCACACACUGCCCCUCGUCCUAAGUUCCUGGAAGUGCAGCAUCUGACCGUGCCUACUCCGAAGGCAUGUGUGUGCCGUUUGUAUAAUGAUGUACAGCAGAAAAGCACAGAAAACAAACAAAAAAAAAAACUGGUUCAUAAAGUCAGUGGAUCAAUAACUUAUGUAUUGCAGAAGAAUGACUCUUAAUGAAGAAAGCUUUAAAAGUUUUAUAUCUAGAUAAAAGACCACAAUAAAGCAAAAUAACCUAUACCCUAAUAGAAAUGUUGCUAUCUUUAUACAAGUGCACUUUGAUUUAUAGAUAGUUUUAAUCAAAGCAUAACAAAACACUGCUUCAAGAUUUCCUUUUAAAUCUGCUAAUUUAAGGAGUAUGUUUUUAAUGUGUUUUUGUUGUUUUCUUUUUAUAUAUGCUGUGAUGAAAGAGAAAUUCAAAGUGCCA